UGUGGUCUUAAAUUUCUUCACCAGGAAAACUGGAAAGUAUUCUCAUAUAGUGUUCAUUCCUUCCUGCACUGGUAAAGCCAUAAGAAGUCAUACAAUUUUAACCAUGUGUAAUUUUAAAACCAAUAAAAGAAUAUUGUGUAUUUUUGUUCAGCAGUAUCUUCUGAGCAGUAACAAUGAUGAAACUGAUAAAACUGCCGGCUAUUUUGCCAACUUAGCCAGCAUAUCCGCCAAAGGUAUAUUCAAAAAUGAUCUUGCUUUUUUUUUCAAAAAGGUUUAUAUCUCGCACAUUUUGAUUGUAAGACUAGCGGAUAAGAAAUAAUUUACAUUUUUAUGUUUGGGAAAUGAAAUGAAAACCAUAAUAAAGAUAUAAACCUCAAAUUUGGAUACUAAAAUUUGAUAUCUACAUACAUGAAAAUUUGGAUAUUACAAUUUAAAACUAUAUACAUGAAAAUUUUCUCCCAGACAGUUACAGUUGUAUAUCAUUAAAGUAAAGGAAUAUGUUUGCAUCCAGGUUUACAAAAAAGAAUCUAGCCUUAUCUAGUGACCAAGACUCCUAUGCAAAUAGGAUAUAUGGAAACACUAGACAAGGAAGACUAAAAACUUGGCAGGAUGGAAGUCAGGAUCAAUUAGAUUCUACCAAUGUAAUUAGGCAACAACAACCGUUGUCCAGAAGAAGUUUAGAUGUUCAACGACAAAAUCGGAAUACCUAUAAUAGAAAGACUAACUUUAACAUGACAAUAAAAAAACAGACUGCAGUCCGACAGGCUGACAGCCAAGUAUAUCAACGAAACAAUCCAAAAAGCGUAAGCAACAAACCGCAAACACUUCAGCCAGAAGUCAUUGGAACAAACACAUUUCAGCCGUCACCAAGAACUCGGCCAGAUACAAAUUCUCCAUUAAAUUCACCAAUUAAUAUCCGACGCAGAUUAUCCAAUGUCUCAGAACAACCCUCCGAACAAAGUUCUUCAUUUUGUAUAAUAAACCAAGGAAACUUACCAAAGUCCAUGGCUAUUGAUCACUUACAUGUAGGACAAAGGGAAUAUUCAUCAUUUUCUCUAGAACCAGAUAAUGAUUUAAAAGUGAUUGAUUACUGUACGUACUGCUCCAACAAGAAGAACUUCACACCAGCAACACACCAUUGCAGUUCUUGCGGACCAUUUGGACGAUAUCUUUGUCAGAAUUGUCUUGGCCCACAUAAUGCUUUCACUGAGAACCACAAUGUCGAGUCUUUAUCUGGGCACAGUUUUAAAAAACAAAAUCAGGAAAGCAGUGACAAGACUUUUAAAGAAACAGAGAAAACAGAAGUUCCGAAUAUAGAGCAACAUCAAAGUUUUAUCAAAGACAUGUCACAAAAUAAGAUCAAAGCCAUUUCAGGGAAUGAUAUUUAUUCAAGGUAACUAUGAGGGUGAAGAUGUUGAUUUGCAAACAUUAAUCUUAUUAAGAAAAUAGUACAUUUGAGCCGUGUCACAACAAAACCAACAUAAUGGGUUUGCGACCAGCAUGGAUCCAGACCAGCCUGCGCAUCCGCGCAGUCUGAUCAGGAUCCAUGCUGUUUGCUAUCAGUUUUUCUACUUGUAAUAGGGUUGGUAAGCGAACAACAUGGAUCCUGAUCAGACUGCACGGAUGCGCAGGCUGGUCUGGAUCCAUGCUGGUCGCAAACCCAUUAUGUUGGUUUUGUCAUGACGC